GGGGCGGGCGCAGCGCGAGGCCGGCGGGCGGGGAGCCAUGGCGUCGUCUGGGCCGCUGCUGCUGGUGCUGCUCGUGCCGCUGGCCGCCGCGCGGGCCGGGCCCUACUUCCUCCCGGGCCGGGGCUGCCGCCUGCCCCUGCGGGGGGACCAGCUGUCGGGGCUGGGGCGCAGGACCUAUCCCCGGCCACACGAGUACCUGUCCCCAUCCGACCUGCCCAAGAGCUGGGACUGGCGCAACGUGAACGGGGUCAACUACGCCAGUGCCACCAGGAACCAGCAUAUCCCCCAGUACUGUGGCUCCUGCUGGGCCCACGGCAGCACCAGUGCCAUGGCAGACCGGAUCAACAUCAAGAGAAAGGGGGCGUGGCCCUCCACCCUGCUGUCCGUGCAGCACGUCCUGGACUGCGCCAACGCGGGCUCCUGCAGGGGGGGCAACGACCUGCCGGUGUGGAGGUACGCCCACGAGCACGGCAUCCCGGACGAGACCUGCAACAACUACCAGGCUAAGGACCAGGAAUGCAACAAGUUCAACCAGUGUGGAACAUGCACGGAAUUUAAGGAGUGCCACUACAUCCAGAACUACACGCUCUGGAAAGUGGGUGACUACGGCUCCCUCUCCGGCAGGAAGAAGAUGAUGGCGGAAAUCUAUGCCAACGGCCCCAUCAGCUGCGGUAUCAUGGCCACGGAGAAGAUGGUGAACUACACGGGAGGCAUCUACGCAGAGUACCAGGAUCAGGCCUACAUAAACCAUGUCAUUUCUGUGGUCGGCUGGGGCGUCAGCGAUGGCACGGAGUACUGGGUUGUCCGGAAUUCGUGGGGGGAACCGUGGGGGGAGCACGGCUGGAUGAGGAUCGUGACCAGCACCUAUAAAGAUGGGCAGGGCGCCAGUUACAACCUCGCUGUCGAGGACUCCUGUACGUUUGGGGACCCCAUCGUUUAAGGGACAGGUCUCCCCAGAAGAGCAGUGUUAUCGUGAACCAUAAUCGGGGGUCCUGUCGCUCUGGGCACUGGGUUAGUUCCACCACGGUCUGAAGGGACUAGGGACUGGCAUCAAACGUGUCUGACGGCUGGUCGUGGCCCUGUGCGCCAAG